UAUCUGUAUGGUGUUUUCAAAUUGUGACAGGUUGUCAACGCUAUUAUAACAAAUUUGAUUUAAAUUGUAUACAAAAUUCAAAGAUUUUGAAUUAAAUUAAUUAUAAGAUUCUAAAGAUAAUUUCUCUUAACACUACAAACAAUCAAUAGAUUUGGUACUAAAGUUCUCAAACCGAUUAAAUGUGUGGCAAAAAUAUUUAAAAUAACUGUGGUUGUAGGUGUGGCACGCUUAACAGAAAUAUCUUAACGUGUAUUUUGAAUCGUAUUUAAGAGAAAUUUAGUGGAAAUAAGUGAAGAAAUAGUAAAUUAAAGAUGCCUGUGUUAGAAUCUUGCUGGUCACCAUGUAUAUGGUCUUCAACUGUAAAAUCCGGCAGCCGAGCUGUGGCGGUAUACACAACAGCAAUGAGUUUGAUUCUAAUAACUUUUAUUGCUUAUCAAAUGGGUGGAGGAGAUUCAACACAACUUUGGAAUCCUUUAUUUGAAGCUGAUGUUAGAGGAUCUCUACAAGUGUUCGGAAUAAUCUUCAUAAUUAUUCUUUCUACACUCAUUGUUUCAUCUGUAUUAAUGGUUAUUGGUAUCAACAUUUGGAUGAGAGGUUUCAUCCUGCCAUGGCUCCUUACAAUGGGAUUAAUAAUAAUGUUCCAAUUUGUUUUUGGAUUGUGGCUUCUCGGUGGAUAUUAUAUUUAUUUGGAUGCGACAUUUGCGGCACUUGUUGACUUCUUAUGGAUGGCAUAUAAUAUUUACUGUUGGCUAUGCGUCUUCUCACAGUACCAAAUAAUAUUGGAUAUGCAGUCACCAAAUAUUGAGAUAUUGGUUGAAUAUUAACAUAUGUUAAGAUCUAAUUUUUUUUUUAACUUUAUCAUUUUAUCUUUUUAUAGCAUAAAA